UUUAUUUAUAAAAACAAAAUAAAACAAAAAGGCUCGGUGUGGCGAUUCAGACAAACAGUGCCCUCGACUUGUUCCUCCGCGAAUGUGACACAACCAAAAAGGAUUCGGAAAAGAAAGAUCGCAAUUCGCAAUGCUUAAUGUGAUGGGUUUCUGUGGAUUGCUCUACACAUUCUUCAUACUCAAUUUUGUUUUGGUCUGCCAACUAAUUCUCCUCCAACCUCUCGUUUCUGCUUCUGAUGGAAUGCCUGAAAAUGCUGCUGAGUUGUUUGAACGGGCAUCACAAAGCAUAAAAGUGAAACAUUAUACCGAGGCUCUUGAUGAUCUAAAUGCUGCAAUAGAAGCAGACCCAACCCUUUCCAAAGCAUACCUUUUCAGAGCCUCUGUUCUUCGUCAGAUAUGCAGAUAUGAGCAAUCUGAGAGGAGCUACAAAAAGUUUCUGGAGUUAAAACCUGGAGAUUCAGCUGCAGAAAAAGAGCUCAGUCAACUAUUGCAGGCUCAAAGUGCCCUAGAAACAGCUCAGUCCCUCUAUGAUUCGGGCAACUUCUCAAAAUCUUUGGAAUACAUUGAUAAAGUUGUUCUUGUUUUUUCACCAGCUUGCACUAAGGCUAAGCUUCUUAAAGUGAGAGUGUUGAUAUCUGACAAAGAGUAUGAGGGUGCCAUUGCUGAGUCUGGGUUUCUUCUCAAGGAAGAUGAAAAUAAUUUAGAGGCAUUGUUGUUACGUGGUCGUGCAUAUUACUAUUUAGCCGAUCAUGAUGUUGCGACAAGGCAUUUCCAGAAAGGUCUCCGCCUAGAUCCAGAGCACAGUGAACUGAAAAAAGCAUAUUUUGGAUUGAAAAAUCUACUCAAAAAGAGUAAAAGUGCCGAAGAUAAUGCAAGUAAGGGUAAACUACGUGUCUCAGUGGAGGAAUUCAAAGCUGCCCUUGCUGUUGACCCUAACCAUCUUGCACACAAUGUACAUCUUCAUCUUGGCUUAUGUAAAGUGCUAGUCAAGCUUGGCAGAGGAAAAGAUGCCUUGGACAGUUGUAGUGAAGCUCUUAAGAUGAAUGAGGAGCUUGUUGAAGCUCUUGUUCAGAGAGGAGAAGCUAAACUCUUAAUAGAGGAUUGGGAGGGAGCUGUGGAGGAUCUGAGAUCAGCUGCUCAAAAAUCUCCCCAGGAUAUGAAUAUCCGUGAAGCGGUAAUGAGGGCUGAGAAAGCUUUAAAGAUAAGCAAACGCAAGGAUUACUACAAAAUCUUGGGAAUUUCCAAAACUGCUUCCGCUGCUGAUAUAAAGCGUGCCUACAAGAAACUUGCCUUACAAUGGCACCCAGAUAAGAAUGUUGACAAUAGGGAAGAAGCAGAGGCUAAAUUCAGAGAAAUUGCUGCUGCAUAUGAGGUUCUAAGUGAUGAAGACAAACGUGUAAGAUAUGACAGGGGGGAGGACCUUGAAGAGAAUGGAAUGGGUGGUGGCGGGGGUGGUGGCGGCUUCAACCCUUUCGGUGGUGGGGGGCAGCAGUUUACCUUUACUUUUGAUGGUGGCUUCCCUGGUGGUGGUGGCUUCGGUGGAGGCUUUCCUGGUGGUGGAUUUGGAGGGGGUUUUCCUGGCGGGUAUGAAUUCCAUUUUUGAUUGGAAAAGCGCAUUCCCUAUAUUUUUAAUUUCCUGAACUGAAGGGACCACAGCAAUUAUAUUUGACUAAUCACUUGCUAACGGUUGUUGAGGUAAAUACGUAGGCCGUCCCCGGAUGCUUGUAAGAUAAGAAACGUGCUUUAGAGAAAAUUUUGCUUUAUGAAGGAGUGAUGGGGUUGGGUGUUAGUUAAGGAGUCACAUUUUGAUGUAGCACAUUUCCGUUAUGUAGUGAUUGUCACUAUGUUACGACUACUUUAAAUUCCAGACAAACAUAAUACUAUUUUUGGAAUAUUUGAAUCAAAUGAAUUGUUCACAAUUAACACCAUGGUAAUUUUCUUCAA